GCAUCAACAUCGACAACCCUGGGAAGAUCACCGACUUCUACGACGUCGGGAGAUCGAUAGGUGAGGGCUCCUUCGGGUCCGUCUUCAAGGCCUCGGUGAAGGCCACGGAGGCCAUCCGCGCGGUGAAGCGGAUCCCGCUGCCCAAAGCAGGCCGCGACAAAGACACGCGGCUGGACUUUUUAAAGGAAGAGAUUCGAGUGGCAAAGCUCUUGGAUCAUCCGGGUAUUGUGAAGCUUUUUGAAGUCUUCGAAGACCACAAGAGUGUCUACAUGGUCAUGGAACUGUGCAGAGACGGCGAUUUGGAAGAGCACGUGAUGGAGGGCGGCCUGAGUGAAUUGGACGCCGCUACGGUCAUGCAACAAGUCUUGCGGGGAGUCGCCUACAUGCACGCCCACAAGAUUUGUCAUCGUGACUUGAAAUCGGAGAACAUGCUCUUGGUGCUGCGGCCGCCAGCCAAGAAGGGCACCAAACAUGCACAUUCCAAGUUUGAGAGUGCAAUCCGCAUCUCGGACUUUGGCCUCUCCUGCUCCUAUGAGGACGGACAAGUAUUGAAACGGAACUGUGGCACUGACAGCCACAAGGCACCGCAGGUGUAUGCUCACGCGUACAACUACAAGUGCGACGUGUGGGCGUGUGGCGUGAUCAUGUACUUUUUGCUGAGCUGUCGAUUGCCCUUCGAAGGCAGAGACGCAGAGGAGCUUCACAAGAAGAUCAUGGCCGCCAAAGUCACGUGGUGUCAGGAAUGGAUGUCAAGAUCUGGUGAAGCCAUGAACUUGGCCAAGCAGAUGUUGAUGAACAACGAAGCGAAUCGCAUGGAAGCUGCCCAGGCUCUGAAGCACAAGUGGUUCAGCAAGCAGGUGCCUCGCAGGAGGUUGGCUGCAGUGGACCAGGAGAUUUUGCAUUCACUGCGCGGCUUCCGGAAGCUCAACAAGUUCCGGAAGGUCUCUCUGGCCGUGAUUGCCAGCAUGUUGCCUGAGAAGGUCAUCCGCCCUGGGCGGGAUCUGUUCGUCUACCUGGACAAGGAUGGCGAUGGCGAGGUGCUCUCCGUCACAACACGGCUUCCGACCAUUCCAAGUAAGAACACAGAGCCGGCAGCCAAGCCGUCCUUGCAUAAGCAGGCGUCCUUCCAGGCUGACGGGCAGUACCCAGCCUUUAGCUACACCGAAUUUCUGGCUGCGACCUUUGAUCGCUCCAAACACUCCACUGAAGCCGUCUGCAGAGCAGCCUUCCGCUGCUUUGACAAGGAUGGCUCGGGGCAGCUGGAACCCAGCGAGCUGGUGGAUGGCUACCUUUUGGGGAAGCUGGAAGCUGAGGAGGUGGAGCGAAUCAUGGAAGAGUUGGAUGCCAAUGGCGAUGGGGAAAUCGAUUUCCAAGAAUUUAUGACCAUGAUGUCUCACCAGGAGACCCUGGGGGACUCGGACGGUGUUUCGCUAGUCUGCAGGAAGCGGAUGGUCUGGGGGGGGGCGUGUGAGUUGGGCUCGGCUCACAUGGAGACCAUUGGUUUGGAGAGGCAGAUCGGAUCUUGGGCGGGCCGGACACUGUCACAACUCAGCCAUCGGUCGAGAGAAGGCCUGAUGGAAAAUCCUGACUUUGAAAGGUGCACUGUGUUCAAUACAUUUGAAUACACUACUGCGAAUUGCAGUAUCCAUGGAUGGUAUUCCCUUGGAUCACAGAAGAACAACAGUGACCUACAAUGA